CGGCGCCGUGUUGUUGUCGUCUCUCCGGACUGAGAACAGCAUGAUGAUGAUGAUGAUGAGGUCUCCUGCUGCUCCCCGGGCUGCUGCUCCUCUGUCUCCUCUGUCUCCUCUGUCUCCUGCUCCUGCUGCUCCUGCUCUGCUCCCCUCCCCGUCCUCCUCCUCCUCCUCCUCCUCCUCCUCCCCGUCCUCCUCGCUCCGGGUCCGGAUCCCUCCUCAUGACCAGGUGUCCCGUGUGGCUCGCUUCGUGAGUCACCAGUGUGACUGGGCCUCCGUGGCCACCGUCUCCACGCACCAGCCCGUGGUGGGGAGGCCGUUCUCCAACACGCUGUCCGUCAGCGACGGACCCCAGGGGGCCGGGACCGGGACCCCCUACCUGUACCUGACCAGGAGAGACGUGUCUGUGCAGGACCUACAGGUGAGCAGCGAGGCGUCCCUCUCCAUGUCUCUGGCUCAGACGGAUUACUGCAGACAGCAGGGCUUCGACCCUCAGAGUCCUCUCUGUGCUCACAUCAUCCUGUCUGGGUCUGUGCUGGAGGUGAACGGGACGGAGGCGGAGUUUGCUAAGAAGUCUCUGUUCAGUCGACAUCCAGAGAUGAUGGACUGGCCUUCUGACCACGACUGGUUCUUUGCCAAGUUCAACAUCACACUGGUGUGGGUGUUGGAUUAUUUUGGCGGGGUGAAGACCGUCUCUCCGGAGGAAUACUUCCAGGCCACGCUGCUCAGGGAGCACCACUGAAUGCUGGUCCACGUAGUUCUCUCUCUCCUGUUUGUAGUUCUAUGACAUGUGGUCAGCUGAUCAGGAUGGUAAACACUGGAUUAUUUUCUAGAAGAAUAUAUUUUCUUACUCAGAAACUAAAACCUUUAUAAUCAAACUAUAUUCAUAAUCAUAAGUGUUCUCAGACUCCAUUCACUAAAACUAAGAUCUAAAAAGCACUUUAAAACUUUAUUCAAUAAACACAAACACAGAUGUGAUAAAUAUCACAGGAGCGUUAUGAUCAAUCAUUUAUUUACAUUUAAUACCUUUAUUUCAGUCUGUGAUCAGGUAUUGAUUCUCCUUUAUUGACUACAUCUCCCAUGAGUCUUAGCGCUCAGCAUGCUGCUGAAGCCUCAUGGGAGUUGUAGUUGUUGAAUGCUAACAAACUCAUCCUGAUGGUGAAUGUGAGAGUUUUAAAAACAACAGACACGUAAGAGGGCGGGGCUUAUCAGUAAAGAGGGCGGGGCUUAUCCGUGCAUAUGGCCAUAAGGGGCGGGGCUUCAGUAGUUGUUGUGUGAGGCCUUCAGAUAAGAUGUUCUGCUUCCUCUGAUAACAAACGCAUGUUUUCUUUAUAACUUUAUGACUUUGCUGUGAAAUAUAUUUUUUGUCUGAUUGUUGAUUUUGUUUAAAUAAAGUUUGUUAAAAUGACUAAA